AUGCGCCGUGCUGUCAAGAAAAAUACGGAGCAGCAGCACAUCGGCUAUGGCAAAGUGAUUCUCUUCGGUGAGCAUUUCGUGGUGUACGGCGCGGAGGCGCUUGUCGCUGGCAUCACGGAGUACACCGCGUGCCGGCUGGAGCUGCUGUGCGGGCAGCCGGGGUUCACCGUCGUGGACCGCCGGCCUGCUGUGCCGGGCUACAUCACGGCGAAGGCGGAGGAGCAGCGGCACGCCCACGCAUUGGUGCUGCGGCACCUGAAGAUUGACACGUCUGUUGAUGGACUUCGCAUCCACCUGGGCGGGCCGCUUGUGCCGAGCAGCGGCAUCGGCGCGUCGGCCAGCGAUGUCGUGUCGUUAUCGCGAGCGCUCAGUGAGAUGUACGGUCUGCGCCUGAGCGAGGAGGAGGUGAACCGCAGCGCGUACGUGGGCGAGGCCGGCUAUCACGGCACACCGAGUGGCGUCGACAACACCGCCGCCACGUUUGGUGGCCUCAUCUCAUACCGCCGCGAAGGCAGAAAACCUAUUUUCAGCCGUGUGCCCGUUACCGCGCCGCUCUUUCUUGUUGUCUGCAGCACUGGCAUCACGGCGAGCACGACGAAGGUUGUGGGUGAGGUGAGGCAGCUUAAGAUGGCAAAACCGGAGUGGUUCGCUGACCUGCUGGAGCGCUACAACAGGUGUGUGCGCGAAGCCAAGUUGGCCGUUGAAUGUGGUGAUAUGAAGCGCGUUGGAGAGCUGCUGAACGAGAAUCACACGCUCUGCCAGCAGCUGACCGUGUCGUGCCCGGAGCUGGACACCAUUGUGACGUUCUGCCGUGAGAAUGGCGCGCUCGGCGCAAAGAUGUCUGGUACAGGGCGCGGCGGUCUUGCGAUUGCGCUCGCUGCUGACGAGGCACAACGCGAUCGCAUUGCCGACGCACUGACGCGGCGCUGCCCAGCGGCUAAGUUUGUUUGGAAGUACAGUGUGCUACCACGAGCUGCGAAGUUGUAG